AUGCUGUCGCUGGCGUGCUGUGCGACCGGCGACAGGUACCCGAAUUGCGCAUCCGGGCCUUUGAGCCAGAACGAUGUGUGCGACAUGGGGCUCGAACCGGCGGAACGUGCGAGAGCUCUUGUCGCAGCAAUGACCAUGGAGGAGAAACUGGUGAACUUGGUCGACCACAGCCUUGGUGCGUCAAGAUUGGGACUUCCAGCGUACGAUUGGUGGAGCGAGGCUCUUCACGGUGUCGCAUACUCCCCAGGUGUCCACUUCGCGGACUCGGGAAAUUUCUCGUCCGCAACUUCGUUUCCGAACCCGAUCACGAUAUCGGCCGCAUUCGAUGAUGCUCUAGUCGAGUCUAUCGGCCUCGCAAUUGGCGCGGAAGCUCGCGCAUUUGGCAAUGCUGGAAGAGCUGGUUUGGACUUCUGGACCCCAAAUAUCAACCCUUUCAAAGAUCCCAGAUGGGGACGCGGUCUCGAAACGCCUGGAGAGGAUCCGCUCAGGGUAUCGAACUAUGUGCGGUCCCUGCUGAGAGGGAUGGAAUGGGCAGGCGAGGACCCCGAGAGCAUCGAUGAAAAACGCCAGGUUAUCGCAACAUGCAAACACUAUGCCGCCUACGACUUGGAGCGGUGGAACGGCGUGGUCCGGUAUGCCUUUGACGCUAUCGUGUCCUUGCAGGAUCUAGUGGAAUACUACUUGCCGCCGUUCAAGCAAUGCGCUAGAGACUCCAACGUUGGGUCAAUCAUGUGCUCGUAUAAUUCGGUCAAUGGCACGCCGGCCUGUGCGAACGAAUACCUAAUGCAGACCGUCCUGCGUGAACACUGGAACUGGACGAAGCAUAACAAUUAUAUUGUUAGCGACUGCAACGCCGUACACAACAUCUACGCCGACCACCAUUGGCUGCAGACGGCCGCGCAAGCCGCCGGAAAAGCGUACACUGCUGGCACGGACAACGUCUGCGAAGCUGGCGGAUGGAGCACUGACGUUGUUGGGGCUUACAACCAGUCUCUGCUUAGUGAAGAAGUUGUUGAUCGAGCGCUUCGUCGGCAGUACGAAGGCCUGAUUCGCGCCGAUUACUUUGCGACCUUCCGAGACGAGGCUGUCGGUUUCCGUUCAUACGGGUGGGAAACGGUGAACACCGACAUGGCGCAUAAACUGGCGGAGACUGCCGCUACAGAUGGCAUGGUUUUGCUGAAGAACGACAGAAUGCUGCCGCUUAGACUCAGCAAGAACCAGACGGUCGCUGUUAUCGGAUUCUGGGCCAAUGAUACCUCAUAUCGUAUGCUGGGCAACUACAACGGCAAGCCACCAUCCUAUCGCACCCCGCUUUGGGCCGCCCAAGAGCUCGGGCUCGACGUCAACUAUGCACCUGCUCCUGUUUCCGAAAAUAGUAACUACAGCACUGUGAUAGAUGCUGCGAAGAAGUCAGACGUCGUGCUAUACUUCGGCGGCAUCGACACAUCCAUUGAAACGGAGGACCGCGACCGGACAACUAUCACAUGGCCAGAUGUUCAGCUUUCACUUCUUCGCGAUCUCGGUGCUCUAGGGAAGAAAAUGAUUGUGGUCCAGCUAGGCACACAAAUCGACAAUGCACCACUACUCUCGAACAAGGGCAUCAACUCAAUUCUCUGGGCUGGAUAUCCCGGCAUGUUUGGCGGAUCUGCAGUGUUGGAUAUCAUCACUGGCAAGAAUCCGCCCGCUGGCCGUCUUCCGAUCACACAGUACCCCGGGAACUACACUGGACAGGUCCCAAUGACAGACAUGUCGCUCCGCCCGAGCACCGAAAAUCCAGGCCGCACAUACAAAUGGUACAGCAAAGCGGUUCAAGAAUUCGGAUUUGGUCUGCACUAUACCAACUUUACCGUGCGAUUCGGCGCUCCGUAUGACUCCAUCGCAACGAAGCGCAAUCCGCCAGUCUUCCAAUCCAACCUCCUCCUCGACGAUUGCGACAAGCCGCACAGGGACCUCUGCGCCUUCCCCUCUUUCCCCAUCGCCGUCAAGAACAACGGCAACGUCACCUCGGACUUCGUCGCUCUUGCAUUUGCAACUACGAAGCAAGGCCCCGCUCCGCAUCCCAUCAAAGAGCUAGCAUCCUACAAGCGCCUCCGCAAUAUCAAGCCUGGAGAGGAGAGGGAAGCGGAGCUUGAGCUUACGUUUGGCGCUUUUGCGAGGGUGAACGAGAGGGGCGAUACAGUGCUGUAUGAUGGCGCGUAUUGUUUGAUACUCGAUGUGCCGGAGCAGCAGAGGCUGUGCUUUGAGAUUUUGGGAGGGGAUACGGUGUUUGAUGUGUGGCCGCAGCCUAAGGCGAAUGGGAAUGCCACGAGAAUCGCUUGA